GACAUCCAGAGCUCGGCACGCAACUGCCUCCGAAAGGGCCAAGGUUACGAAACGUGGUCGCAGCUCCGGGACAACAAGAAGAGCAAGGCCAACCCGUUGAGCCUGCACGGUGCACCCUGGACAAUGGCCGACUUCAAGGCAGAGGUCCAGAAGGCGAAAAUGGUGAAGAGCGCCAUGGAUGCAAGUACGCAGGAGAACGAAAGCUUCGCGAAUAUCCUCAAUCUCGGUGCGAGCCAGGAAAUCCCGCAGGAGGUGCCGGAGGUGGAAACGUCCAUGCCUACGGUGCACAGCCUUGGAUUGAUGGACGAGGAGGACGCCCGUGACCGGCCCGGAAAGAAGGACAACAAGGCUUUGAUUCGCUCCGCCAAGAAGGGCAACAAGGACAGCAAGGCCGUGGCCGACAAGCCGGACACAUCCGCAGCCGCCUCUGGAUUGAGAGACAAGGAGAAGGAGAAGAAGAAAGGCAAGGACAAGGAGAAGGAGGUGGACCCCGUGCCGAAGGAACGAAGGCAGCGCAAGACCGAGGAGAAGAGUUCCAAGGGCGACCAGUCCGCCGCCAUGAUGGAUCCCUCGGACAUCGGCAAGGUGCUCACGGGCGUGAUCAGCAAGCAGACAUUGUAUCACCGAAAGAGAAAAAUCUCCACGUUGCAAGAGAAGAGCCCGGAGGACGCAGGGCCCCAGGAGGAGCUCCACCGGGUUGCCACAUCGGCGCUGAUGCUGACCCCGACCGAGGUCAAGGCCGUGAGCCUCCAGAACAUGAAGGCUUGA